GAGCUCUAGCGCCCAGCAUGAACAAGACCCAGCCCCCUGUCAAACAUGCGUGAGUAAUGGAAGCGCCUCCGUGCACUAGUCCUCUCCACCCCGUGAGUCUCUGCUGACAGUGUGCGGCUGAGCGCGGGUAUUACAGCUGCCAGCGCUCAGUAAACAACACGACGUCACUUCCGCUCUCAGGUUGACAGCAAAACAACAGAGGCAGGAGCGAUAAAAACACACACCGAGGAAACAUUUGUGUUGUCCCAGAAUGAAGGUGCUGACUUCAGAGCAGGCGGUAGAGGAGGAGAGCUGCUCAUCUCCAGAUGACUACAACAACCACCACAGCAGUGAGGACAGGGAACAUGAGGACACCCCCCCUUACCUCCAAGACGAACAACCAAAUGACACCGAUAAGGACCCCCCACAGCAAGAAGGAGGAGUCAUGUGGAGAGUGGGCGGCGGCCUUUUCAGCAUGACACGAAGCGCUGUUGGUGCAACACUGGGGGGUGUUGCAUGGGUAGGAACUAAAAGUUUUGCGCUCACCAAGACAGCUGUGACCAGUAUGCCAGCAGCCAGUGUGGGAUUGGUCAAAGGGAGUGUCUCCAUGGUUACAGGAAGUGUUGGAGCGGUGGGAUCAGUGGUGGCAAGUAAAGUCACACCAAGGAAGAAGGACAAAGCUGACUGAUGGACAGUGGGCUGUUGUGUGUGUGUGCGUGUGUGUGUGUGUGUGUGUGUGUGUGUGUGUGUGUGUGUGUAUGGAUGCACGCAUGUAUGUUGAUAUGUAUAAUGCAACCGAAAGCAAAAUACCUCGAAAGCUUCAAAUGGACUUUUAUCAAAGUUCCCCAGAUUAAAGCAUUUCUUCACUCAUGCAGCUACAAAGAUAGAUAAGCAGCUACACAAGGCAGCAGGGCCAUCAAUGGGGCAAAAGCACAACAAGCGUGCAACAUGGCAAGUUAAGAAAAUGUUGUGUGAAUGUCCGAUGAUGCAUGUGAGGAACGUGUCAGAUUACCACAGAAAAUAAAAACAACUGUCCAAUCA